UUUUUUAAGGAAUCCCUUGAUUGUUGUGUACACAAGUGUUACAUCAUCGGGUCUGAAUACAAAAUCGCUGAAUCAUACCAUCUUUUGCUGUGUGAGUGCAUUGCAUGGAUUUCCCUGCUGGUGACAUUCGACCAUAGUUUUACACACUCUAUGGUUUUACCAGCAAGCAGGACUGGUUUUCUUCCUGCGAGUGCGACAUUAGUCGUUUUUUUAUCCAUGUUUUAUCGCAUUUCUCUUCAGUUACACGGUUUAAUAAAAAGAACAUUUUGUGAGCUGCGCCGUUGUAUUUUUAUCAACAACAAUUUAAAGAAUUUUGGUUGUAGACUUCGCUCAACAACAAUGACAACAAUGUCUGCACCAAUCGCUGAGGGAGAAGUGGAUUCACAACGGAUGGUGUCCUCUGAAUCUGACCAAGAUAUUUCAAACAAUAAUGAAGAAAGCUCUGGAUGGUUUAGCAACAGAACAUGGGGGAGAUGGAGUCCAACUUCUGCAAAGUUACUUCAGCAAGCGGAAGAAAGUAUCUUAUCAUGUAUCAAAACUAAAUAUGAGGGUAAAUUUGUGCCAAUAAACAGUGAGGAUAAACUAUGGACUAUCAAACUGAAUCCUAGUGAGGCCUCGGACAAAACACCCAUCGUCCUAGUCCAUGGAUUUGCUAGCGGAGUUGGAUUGUGGUCCCUCAACCUUGAUGCCUUAUCCGAAAAACAACCCCUCUAUGCCUUCGACAUGCUUGGCUUUGGUCGCAGUUCUAGACCAAAGAUGCCCAACGAUCCUGAGCUCGCUGAGAAAGAAUUUGUCGAUGCGAUGGAGAAAUGGCGGAGCAAAGUCGGCAUUGAAAAAAUGGUGCUGGUCGGUCAUAGCCUCGGUGGGUAUUUGACAUACUCCUAUAGCAUACAACACCCGGAGAGGGUACAACAUCUGGUGCUGGCUGACCCGUGGGGGUUCAGUGAGAAGCCCCCUGCAGAAGAGCUUCGAUUCCCACUGUGGAUCAGGGCCAUUGGGGCGGUGGCAACAGCAUUCAAUCCACUGUCCAGUAUAAGAGCUGCUGGUCCUUGGGGUCCCCGUCUCCUCAAGCGAGCUCGUGGAGAUCUCAGCAAAAAGUUCAUCAAGCUUUUUGAUGAUGAUCGCAUCUGCACCUACAUCUACCACUGCAAUGCACAACAGCCAAGUGGUGAAGAGGCCUUCAAGUCUAUGUCCCAGAUGUUGGGCUGGGCUGUUAACCCCAUGGUGAGACGAGUAGAGCAACUAUCUAAGAAUGUCCCCGUCACAGCGAUCUACGGUGAAGACUCGUGGAUGAACAAAGCAGGAGGAGAAAAGUUGAAAGACAUAAGGAAAGAUGCGUACACCAAGGUCCACGUUCUUAAGGAAGCUGGUCAUCAUGUAUAUGCGGAUCGAACGACUGCCUUCAAUGGCAUCAUUGGAGAUAUCUGUGACGAAGUUGACUGAUCGUCAUUUUAUUUACUCCGUAAAUAUCUUCAUUCAGGUGUAAACUCAGGUGACACAUUUUGUCUUAUGAUACCAAAGAAUGCAAAAUAAAGGUAGAGUCAAAUUAUAUCACUUUUGGUUUUUACCCAUACACCGAUGUGUGUAAGCACUAAAUACUCAGUACGUUCCUGAGCCCUGUGAAAAAAUCACAGUCGUAUUACUCGGGUGGGAUUCGAACCCAUGACCCUUGCAAUAAGACCCAAAUUAUUCUGCAACUGCCACUAGUAUUUUUCACUAACUUUGUGUGCAAUAGAAACAAUGCAAAGAUGAUUCUCUUAACAGUUUAUACCUGCAAGGUUAUAGAUGGUUAAUGUUUAGCAAUAUGUGCGCUAAUUUGGUUGGCAGCCGAUGCUGCAUACUUCUAAGGAGUUGAGAUUGUUUCAGAAAUGCGUACGGCAGAAUCAAAGCACAGUCAGUUUAAUGUUAACCUUUCACAAAAGUUUAACAUUAAAGGUAUCAAAUUACCAACAAAGAUAUUCAUGUUAACAAUAGAAAGAAAAGUCAUUUGAGUUUUGAGUUGAAUCUUAAUGCUGUGUGUCCGCCAGAUGAAUUGGGAAAACAAAUAAUUAUAAAAACAGUUUUGUUUUAAUUCCAGAGGUCACAAUUUUCUUUGUUCAGCCACAAAAUAAAUUCAUAAUUACCAAGUCCAUUUCUCUUAUAGUUUAUAAUAAAAGGCAGCAUCCUAGACCUUGAAAUUUCUUGUUGAAGGGGCACAGCAAUUGCCCUCUGGUAAGGGGGUACUUCAAUGAGGAAAAUGUCCGCUUGUAUUGGAGCUUUGCAAAGGGCACCAGAGCAAAGGGCACCAGAGCAAAAGCACAGGGCACCACAGCAAUUCCUGUGGUGCC